GUCCCGCCAAAACGACAGAUUUCAAUCAGGUUUUGAAUUAUAAUAGUUCCUAUGACGACGUGAAGUUAAACAUGCACACCGUUUCACCUGGACGUCUUUCAACGCAGGCCUAAUAAUAGAUAGACAUGGUCUAUGGAUUCUACGCCAAAUAAAAACAAACAUGGAGUCUUACAAAGAAAGAACCUUCCAUAUUGGAUAAAAUCUUCAAGGCAAGUACAGUUUGUUUUGCAGUAUAUCGAACUAAGAGAAAAUAGCAUGGAGAAACGAGAUCUUUCCUAUAUUUCAAAGACAAACCAAUAUUGCGAACCAGAGUGUUGCGUUCUGUGUAAUGGACCACCCACCCAACAUUUUUAAAUGCUUUUCAGCUGUGUGUAAACAGCUAAAAAAAUUCUAUUGAUCGAAUGACAUUGUGACUACGUUUAAUGUUAAAGAACUAAGUACCCUCGUCCACGAUGGAAAUUAUUACGAUAUGCUAGAUUAUCUUUACAGCAGUGUUGACCAAAUUUUAACCGGGAAGAAAUGAAUAAUUGAACAGAGUGCCGAAGAGAGUCCAGGCUCCAGAAAUAUGGAUGUGGUACAGAGCAAGUACUGGAAUGACCAAAUCAAAAGUAUGGUUGGACCAUGUAUGAUUACCUUUUCGAUUCCCCUUACCAUACCUGGCUUAACUAUAACACUCGUGGCGUUUAGUGAUGAAAAAUCGUUUCCGGUGUAUGGACCACUGCACAUAACUGGACUCAUUAUAUUAGUUAUCUCAGUUUUCCUGAUCGUUUUUGGGUGCAUCUUGAAGUUUAUUUGGAAACCCAUUAUACUUCCAGACAUUGAACGUCAAUUGUCUCCUCGUCAGUCCUUUAGAAGUGAGUCAUUUUACAGGAAAGAAAUUGAACGAAUACAAAGAGAAAAUCUCAAGAAAGAGGUGACGGAGAGCAAGCGGAAAAACAGUUCUACAGAGACCGGAGAAACUGUGUUGUGUUCUCAGAAAGAUCCAGAAAUGGUUAGAUCGAUCGAUGUUUCAAACUCAAAUGAAAGUGAAAUCAGAUAUUUAGAACAAGAUGAAGUGAGGUAUACAAAAGAUGAUAAUUUAUCAGCUUUCCCUCUGCAAGACUAUACUUUCCCAUCCCCACGGGGAGGUCGUUUACCACCGAUAGAAACUACGGAUAAAGUGGGCGUGUCUCGGAGUCGUGGACCCUGUUCUGAUAAUGAUGGACAGGGCAUUUACAGGGAAAGCCGAUCUACUGGCGAAAUGGAGACUUGUAGAAAAAAGAAAAAGAGACGAAAGCGUCAUAAGAAAGAGGAUAACGAAGAAGAGGGUGUGAAGAGAGGGGAUGAGAUGAUGGACAGAACCAAGAAAACUGCCAAGGAACCCCAACUGCCAAAAUUACAGAAAGCUAGAGAGCAUUUAGUGGAUGAAAAUGCCUCAGGAGAGUCGGUCAAGUCUUCAAACUGUAGUUUGCUGAAUGAGGAGACAUCAGAUUCAAUAAAGAAAAGAAAACGACGAAAGAAAAGAAAAACAUUGAGUGCCAUGCGACAAGAAUCUCACGACAAAUCGGAUACUGGAGGUGACCAAUCAAAUAGCCGCUCCAAGUCAUUCGGAUCACCAGUCAAUGAUGACGUCAUGAAUCGCAAUCCAUCCGAUUCGGAUAGCGGCCAUCCGGUUGACUCUGAUUGAACUGUAUGCAGCCAAAAUUGCUCUGUCCACAAACCAAAGAAAUUUUAUUUAUCUCAUGGUGACAUUUCAAAUGACGCACUCGUCGUAGUUUUCAUCCGUCCUGAUCACAACAGACAUGUACAUGUACUUGAAAAAAUCUGUGAUAUAUCUGUUGUUUACAUG